UUUUAUACAAUGACUUUAUCGAUAGAUCUGAGUGUGUAGCUUUUUGUACGAGCAUUCAAGAUAAACUAAGACUGAUAUAUUUGUAUAAACAAGUUUAUCAUGUUGAUCAGUAAGUCCACUACAUAAACAUUUUCCAACAUUCAUUCGGGAUUUCUUACUGGAGAAAUACUUGGAUAUGAAUUGAAAUCGUCGCAUUUGGAAUCGUUGAAAUAACAGUACCUAUGACGGACGGCUCAUGUAUAACUAUUUCACAUUUGUUGAGCGCUUUGCUGCUCACUGGAGAUAUUUGUGUUCAAUCCAUUGUAUUCAUUGACGGGCCUUUAUUUAUAUAACAAAGAGAAUGGAAUAUAACAAUUUAAAAUAAUUUUGCUCGAAAAACAAAAGAUACAUGGUUUCGUUUUGAUUUAGCACGGAAUUUACCAAUCUGUAGAUAUGCUGCUGGUGGAAUAUUCAACAUCGUGUGUGGCCAAUUACCGUCCCGCCACAGCUAAUAGUUGUACAAGUAGGAAACCAAGAACAAAGUCUCAUUUGGCUAGGCAAAGGAGAGAGAGUUGAAACAUACAUUUUUGGAUUUUGAAGUAGUAAAUAUCAGAUGACGAAAUCUGCACCUCCACAACGCACGCAUUCUUCUGCACACAACACGCAUGACUCUAUGUCAGUCAGGCGCACUUCUACUGUACAUGCAUAUAAGACAAAGUCGUCUGCUGAUAUUUUUGCAAUAAGUGUUGAAGACAUUUACCUAUCUGCUGAAAGGGAAAGGCUAAAUUAUAGCUCGGCAGUCAGACGACAAAAUCUUGCGCAUGCGCAAAGCCAGACGCAAUUUUUCCGUCAAGGACACAUCAGCCCAAUAUCCCGCCCAAACACUAGUGCCAGUCGUCAUAUAAAUACUUUACGGCGGGAUACAAACACGCCAAUAAGUGCAUGGAGUGAGCCAAACAUUUCUCGACCUAAUUCAAUUGUACCACACCCAGAACUGAGGUUGUUAGUAGAGAACGACGGCGACGUGUCAAAUGUUGAUGACGAGGAAGAAGAUUUCGACAUGCAUCACCAUACACCACUCACAGUGACUUUCUCUCCUGUUAGUAGAGGAGAAUGCUGCGAAAUCUUAGGUCCUCAAUUGUGCUACGAAUGUCGUAAGAAUAGAAUUAGACAAGUAAAUAGAGAACGAUCCGACAUGUUCUUCCCGACGCUAGAGCCGUCUGAGGAAAAUGUAACAACGGCUGCAAUUGUGCGCAAAUAUUUACCAGGGCUUUCGGAGCAGGAGGUCGAAGACAAGCUUGCACGAGGAGAAAUUGCAAGACCAUCUUACAAAAAACAUAACAAGCAUAUUGAAUUUUCAGACGAAGAGGAAGAAAUCAAACUGAAACAUACAUAUAAAAGAGUAACCAUCGCUGGCACUGGAAAUGGCAAAAAUAUUAAAUCAGGUAUGCAACCGAAACCUAGCGAACUAUUUUUUACCAAUAUUAGAGAUCUUAAUUAUAAGAUUAUAGCUGGAAGUGUGGACAGAAACGUUGGCUUUGCGAAUGCUGCACGCACACUGGUUAAGAAAGAGCAAAAAACUUUAACAGCGAAAAACCAUUUUCCAACAUUUGUAAGUCCGCGUAAAGUUACUAUGAUACAAAAGACACAAUAUCAAACUUAUUUUGAACCGCCUCUUAUCGAAAAAUCAAAACAAGAUGUGGAACCAGCGUUUUUCGCAGGGUCAGAAGGCGAAUAUAUAUUACCAGAAAAACUCCCUGAUGAGCUUGUGUUUAUAGAUAAGGACGGGAAUGAAGUCAAAGCUAGUAGUUCACAAGGUUUUACUGCUAAGUUAUCUGCAUCUUCUGAGAAGAAAGAUUCCGUUUCUUAUAAACCAGUUGCAAAUAAAUUAGAACAUGCAAAAUCUGCGGACAUGGAUGUACUUAAAGAAGACGAGGAAGAGGAUAAUGAAGAAGAAGCGGACAGCGAAAUUCAUGACAUUUUAAGUACGGGAUCAAGUGAGAAUAAUUCUCAUUUAGCUGAUAUCAACGAAUAUGCGAGUAAAGAAAGAGAUAGCAAAAAAUGCACCACACAAACUACGGAUGAAAAGAAUUAAUGCAUAAAAUAAUAAGAAUUGAAUUGAAUUGCAUAGACUUUGUGCUAGUGCAACUUAUUUCGGAAAAUAUUUCAUUGCAAAUAGAAUUAAUUAAAAUCGUAACAUGCUUUGAAGAAAGAGAUCAAACAAUUUUAUUUAGAAAAAAGAAAUAACAACAUUGAAUCUGUUGUAAAUAGGCAUAAUCAGUUUGCAGAAAAACUAUGCAAAAACGAUUAUGCCACUUUUGGAGGGAUUUCAAAAUCGCAUAUCUAAAUUUAUUUCUUCUAAAUUAUCUUCUAAAUUAAUUUCACCUGUGAAGAAAGGGAACACAUUGUAAUGAUUAUAUAGCGACUUUUCAACUUAACAAAUGAUGGAAGACCUCAGUUGCUCCUCCGUGCAUAAAUCUCCAUGCACAAGCAGGCACCUGAUAAGUACCAUCGACGUUCCUUGAGCGAGCACGGGAUUCGGUUCGAACUCACAGCGGUGAGGGACAAAUGGGUUUAAGUCGUGACCUAAACGAGUUGGCCGUAUAUAGGUAGAGCAAAAUACAUUACUGUAUAUAUAAACUGAAAUAUUGAUAUUACUUUAAGAGCUGUUUUGUGGGGUUUUUUUCAAAACGACUGUAUUGUGCUUUCCAUAACUUUUCAUGAGCAGAAACAAUCCAACCGAGCCUUUCUUCCCACAAAUUUGUUUUAACUGUCUUCGAGAGAUCUCUCAUUUUUGAAUUUGAAAAAGAUAACCUUUGUACAGAUUUAUUUGCAGUUUUUAAUCAGCGUUGACUGUGGUGUACUAUUCAAAGGGGGUGUUAUUUGGUGACAAUACGCUUUUCAUAAGGCGGAGAAAAAACAAUGAAAUAAAAAAGAGGUGAAAAGACCAUAAUCAAUAUGGUUCGUCUCGCAGAAUUUAAUCAUAAGUUUUAAUCAUAAGAAAUUGACAUUUAAUUAAUUUAAAUGUAUUAAACGAAGCAAUGUCAAUGUAA